AUGUAUAUCUCAUUAUUAUUGACUAUUGUUUCUCAAACAACUGGUAACAGUUGGAACUAUCAUAAUUCAGGACCCGAUAUGUGGAGUGAGACAUAUCAAUCAUGUGCUAAAUAUUCUCAAUCACCAAUCAUCAUAAAAACAGCAUGUACUAUUUAUCGAACAUUUGCACCUUUUGAUUUUUCAUCAACUUAUAAUCUUACUCAUACUUUUAAUGUUUUAAAUAAUGGACAUACCAUUGUCGGUACAUACAAUGGUAACGAAUCAUCACCGUUCAAAUUGACUGGAGGUGGUUUGAAUGGAACAUUUGAAUUUUCUAGCGUUCAUCCUCAUUGGGGUGAAAACUCUAGAUCAGGCAGUGAACAUCAAGUAAAUGGUAUAAAACAUGCAGGUGAAAUUCAUUUUGUUCAUAUUAAUCCUGAAACAAAACAAAUAGCUGUACUUGGUAUCUUUAUGGAAAGCAAUCGAAAUACAAGUAAAAAUGGAACGAUUCAUUUACGAAAAAGACGCAAUAAUAUCUAUGACACUGAAAAUAUAACAAUCAUUGAAUGGGAAAAGUAUUUUGCAACAGCUGCAAAUUUAAACGAGAUAAAUAAUUCAGCUGUACUCAAUUUAAACUUAGCUUCAUUGAUGGGAAAGAAUCUAAAUGAUUUUUGGCGUUAUGAAGGUUCAUUGACAACACCACCUUGUACUGAAGGCAUUAUUUGGACUGUGUUCAAAACACCUAUUACUUUUAAUGAAAAUGAAAUAGAUUCUUUUCGAAAGAACAUUUCCUUGGAAAAUUAUCGUAGUCCACAAGCAUUAUAUAAUCGAAUGGUAUAUCGAAAUUUUUUGAAUGAAACAUUGUCGCCAAUACCUGAUUAUAAUUGUUGUAUAGAAAAGUGGGACAAUUCAUCGAAUUCAGCUAGUAAAUUACUGAAUGAAAACAUUUUUUCAUCAGUAUUUAUCGAAGGACAUAGAUAUUUCUUAUUUCUUAUUAUUGCUUUGUUUCAUAUUAUUAUUCCUUGUUUGUAA